AAUUUGAACAGUUUAUUAAAUUAACUAAAAUUAUGCAUUUAUAACUAUGUGCAAAUAACUAUAUAUUUACAGUGCAAGUAAUUAACACCAUUGUACUCUCUCUCUCUCUCUCUCUCUCUCUCAUACACAGACACUAUAGAAACUCUGUCUGGAUGUCUUAAUAAGCUGUCGACUUGUAAUUUCUUAUUCCCCAAAUUCUUCUUCUUCUUCUUCAUCUUCAUCUUCUUCUUCAUCUUCAUCUUCAUCUUUUUCUUCUUCUCCUUCUUCAUCUUCAUUGAGUGAAUAAUAAGUUUCACACACCAGCAGCUCCAGAAAUAAAUGGGGAAAUGAGCUAAAACAGUGACAUGAUCAUUGAAUCAGUGAGUUGAACUGGAGAGUCAAAUCGGUUUUAUUCGUGAAUGAAUCACUCAGACAGGUUUUAUCAAUGGGAAUCUCCACUUCAUUGAAAUGAACCGACUCAAGCAAACGAUUCACUCACGAAUCGGACAUCACCACAACACUUCUCUCAUAAACUCACUCGGGACAAUUAAAGCAUUUAUAUGAUUACAUUAAAUUUCGAUCGAUUCCUCACAGAAAGCUGCUGCAAGGCUUCGGAAAGCUUGAAUAUAUACAACACUGGAGUAGUUUUAUUUUCGCUUGGUACUUUUCCGUCCUUUUUGAAGCUCUGUGCUCCAUUACUAUUGCUCGCUUACGUGGAAAAACAUACAUUCUUGGAAAUAUUGUGUUCCAACUUCCAAGGAUAAACAUCGGGGUGAGUAACUGAUAGAAUUUCUAUUUGAUGUUAAUUUUAACAGCUUCAUACGGGCUCGCUUCAGAAUUAUAGCACAAAGCAGGGAACAUAAACCACCUUUUUUUUUUUUUUAAAUUGGGUGACUAGCUGUCUUCCCUGUCUUGCUGUCUCCUCUUUUUCAUGUUUUUCUUUCCUAUUUUAGUAUCCAGAUUUUGUCUGCACCAUCUAUUGCCAUCUACCUGAUGCAUGUAACGACUCAACUAGGAAGUGCAGCAUUUCUGAAUAAUCCACGAACGUCUUAAGGGGGCGCACACACAUGCACUUGGCACAGUCUGAGGGCAUUCAUUAUAGCCUGCUUCUUAAUAGAUUAUUGUGCAAAGAGGCCAUUUAAAUACCAAAAUCAUACAGGAAAAUAUGUUGUUCUGCUGGGCCCCCUGUCUGACCAGGGCCCUUAUAAUCUAACCCUAACUUGCUUUUCUCCCAUAGACAGCUCGUUGGUCUUCAUGUUGGUUUAUCCUUUUUAACAACAAAUGCAGUCUUCAAAGGUGAAGGUCUUUGCCCUCUUCCGCAUACAUACAGACCUCACAGAUUGUGGUUACCAUGACAACAGACAAAGCAAAUAAUGGACAGAAGAAGCAGGUCUGUGAGCAGCAACAGGAAGAUGGAGAGGCUGGAGUGCAAGAGCCUGACCCUAUUGAGCCCCAUCAGGAUGGACCCUCCAGCUCACCUCUGACUCCUGGAGGCUCAGAGGAGGGACAGCAGCCGAAACUACGCCAGCACACCCCAGGUGGCCGCGGCCUCUCGCGCCUGUUCUCCUCUUUCCUGAAGCGCCGCUCACAGUGCUCAGAUGAUGAGGGGGCAAAGGUAGAAAGAGGCCAAGAGAAAGAAAGCCACUUGGAUCCCAAAGCUCCCAUCGCAGACCCGGAACCCGAGCUACGCAAUGAAGGAGAUGCAGCACUAGACCUGCACUCCAUUAGCAGUUCUGAGAACCAGGUCAGAGUGGACCAAAAAGACACCACAGAGGGUGAUGAAUUGAAGGUGGAGAAACGGGGAACAAAAGAAAAGAAGCACAAGAAAGAAGAGAUGAAUAAAAACAGAGACAAGAAAAUAGAGAAAGCAAAAAAUGAAGAGAAAAAAGAAAAGAAAGAGAAGAGGAACAAGGACAAGAUAAAGAAAGAAGAAGGAAAGAAAGAGAAGGAGAAUGAAAUUGAAGAAGAUAAAGAUGUAGGGGAGCAGCCCAAGCCUGGGGAAGAGGAGACAGAAGCAGCAGGAGCAGAGAAAACAGAGGGAGACGGAGAACGGAGGAGAAAGGGCAAGAGUGCUGAGGAAGAAGUAAAGGCCCUUAAAGGUCAGCGCAGACCCAGGAUCAUGUACUGCAGAGUCACACUGCUGGAUGAUACACUGUUUGAGUGUGAACUGGAUAAACACGCUAAAGGCCAGGAGCUGUUUGCGAAAGUAUGUGAGCACCUGAACCUGCUGGAAAAGGACUAUUACGGCCUCGCUGUGUGGGAGACUCCAGCCAUUAAGACAUGGCUUGACUUCACAAAGGAGAUUCGAAGGCAAGUGCGAGGAAUCAACUACGAUUUUACAUUCAAUGUGAAGUUUUACCCGCCUGAUCCAGCCCAGUUAUCUGAGGACAUCACCAGGUACUAUGUGUGUCUCCAGCUGCGCAAAGACAUCAUGAGUGGCCGUUUGCCUUGCUCUUUUGUCACUCUAACCCUGCUGGGCUCUUACGCACUGCAGUCCGAACUGGGCGAGUAUGACCCUGAGGUUCACGGCACAGACUAUGCCAAAGAGCUCAGACUCAUCCCAAGCCAGACAAAGGAACUAGAGGACAAAGUCAUGGAGCUCCAUCGCACAUACAGAUCCAUGAGUCCUGCUCAAGCUGACAUGAUGUUCCUGGAGAAUGCUAAAAAGCUUUCGAUGUACGGCGUAGAUCUGCACCAGGCUAAGGAUCUGAAUGGGGUGGACAUCAUGCUGGGUGUCUGCUCCAGUGGUCUCCUGGUUUAUAAAGACAAGCUGAGGAUUAAUCGUUUUCCAUGGCCAAAAGUGCUGAAAGUCUCCUACAAACGUAGCAGCUUCUUCAUCAAGAUACGGCCAUCUGAGCUGGAACAUUAUGAGAGUGCCAUUGGCUUCAAGCUGCCCAAUUACAAAGCUUCUAAGAAGCUUUGGAAAGUGUGUGUAGAACACCACACCUUUUUCAGGUUGACGUCGACUGAAGCUGCCACCACACCCAGAAAGCUCCUGGCUCUGGGCUCCAAGUUCAGGUACAGUGGGCGUACUCAGGCUCAAACACGCCAGGCUAGCUCCAUGAUCAACCGCCCUGCACCCCACUUCAAGCGCUUUGCCAGUAAGACGGCUUCUCACAGCUUAGACGGAGCCAUGGUGCCAACCUUAAAUAAGACAGCACGUCCUGUCAGUGCACCAAUCAUGUCUCCUGUCUCCAUUGGCGAUACAGCUCCUUCUCCCACAGUGACAUCAGCCGUACAGGUGGAGCACAAAGACUUGGUGACGCCCACAAGUCCACCGUCUCACUCAGGAGAGAACAAGGUUGAGGUAAAGGCAGAGAGCUGUGUGACUGGGAGCUUCAAAAUGCAAAGUGUUGCACUUGAGGACACAUCUGAGAUCAAGAUGGUAGUCCGGCGUGAGUGGCGGCACCGUGAUGCCCUGGCAGUGACGACCACUAACGGGGAGAAAACGAGUCAGAAAAGAGCUAAGAAAAUCGAGGGUGAAACGCUCUAUACCAGACAUAGCAAUUUAAUGUUGGAGGAUCUGGAUAAGACUCAAUCAGGGAUUAUGCGUCACCACAGCAGUAUCAGCGAGCUCAAGCGCAGCUUCAUGGCAUCCGUCCCAGAGCCGCGACCCAGCGAGUGGGACAAGCGCCUGUCCACACACUCGCCUUUCCGCACAGCCAACAUCAAUGGCCAGAUGCAGCCUGAUGUGACUCCUGUAGUGAAGACUCACACAAUCACCGUUUCUGAUGUGACCAACUCCCCGAGCAGUGAAACUGCCACCAAGGAGGGUCCGAUAGUGCAUACUGAGACUAAGACCAUUACAUAUGAAUCUGCUCAACCUGAUGAGAAUGUAGGGAUGCUGCUCAAUGCACAAACCAUAACCUCAGAGACUUUGAGCACCACAACCACGACGCAGAUCACAAAGAGGGUGAAAGGAGGAAUCUCAGAAACCCGAAUCGAGAAGAGGAUUGUGAUCACUGGCGACUCUGAAAUUGACCACGAUAAGGCUUUGGCUCAGGCAAUAAAGGAAGCAAAGGAACAGCACCCAGACAUGUCUGUUACUAAAGUAGUAGUGCAUCAGGAAACCGAGAUCACCCCAGAGUAAAAUCCACCCCCUAAAACACAUGCAGAAAUCCAUCCCUGAUUCACAUACUCACCAGACUGCAUGCCGAAGCCCCAGACUGCUUCUGCGGCCUCUCCCUCUGUCAGGACGGCAGGAUGAACACUACUGAUCACAUGUUUCCUGGAUGUUCCAGUGGAUUCAUCACCUACAGCAUCAUUUUUCUGUAGCACCUCUCUCUCUCUCUCUCUCUCUCGAGAUGUCCAUAUUGUAACUGUUAUUGUUCAUGUCAGAUUGUUCUAGCAAAGCAAAGAAAGACAUGACUUUUAAUGAAAUUUCAAAUGUAGAUUUUAGUGGGUUUGAUAAACAGUAGGUUUUUAAGACUUUUUUAAACAUAAAACAAUUAUACUGUGGAGUUUUGGGUUCUUCACUCGGGACAAAGGAGCAGCAGCAUCGGAAAUAUAUUUUGUUUCUUUGUCUUCUUUUAAAGAAUAUUAAUUAUUGUGAACAAGUUCAUCGCCUUCUUCUUCUUCCUCUUAAUAACUAUUAGCAUUACGAUGUCUUCUCUUUUAGAUUUUUCUUCACUUCACUUUCCUUCACUUGAAUUCCUUUGUCGCAAAUGGAGUUGUUGUUUAUUAUUAUACGAAGGGCUGAAGGGUGCAGACAAAUGGUGAAUCUGUAUGCUAGUUUUCAGUGUAUUUUCAGUUGUUGUGUGUGAACUCACCAUUUUAGAUUGCCUGCUCUUUUACAUGCAGGUUUUAUGUAGUCUAGGUUGUAUUUUAUCCCUCCUGACCAGCAAGUGCAGUGAACAUCACCUGGUUAGAUUCUUGUGCAUGUGCACAGACACACUGAGACCUUCCAACAGUGAGGUAUGAUGUAGUGUUUGCUAUAAAUAUCAUCGUACAGUCGUCUUUCAAUAUCUUCUUCUUGUCUUGUCAACUUUGGACCACAACGUCUAUAGAGCUAUCUGAUUAACAGCUUGUGACUAUGUUCAGCGAUACAGGUCCCUUAGACCUGCCUGUAGAUGCUGCUUGAACACAGAGUGCGGAAGCAAUUAUGAAUUUCUAGUUAGAUCAUAUGAUAUUGCUUUAUGCGUGGAAAACAUGGGCAAUUUGUUUGCUAUUUUAUUUCUUGAACUGGAGAAAGCACUUCAAUUUACAGAUGUUUGUCUGUCUGUUUGAGAGCUGGUUGAUGCCCCACUCAUAACAGUGGGGCAUCUGGGCUCGGAGUUCAGGU